CACACAGGCCUCUGUCUGCUCAGUAUGAGGUCUGAACCAGGACUAAACCAGGACUAAACCAGGUCUAAACCAGGUCUAAACCAGGUCCAGACCAGGUUUACAGCAACAGAGAAAAUGCUUGUGUUGAUUCUGACGGUGGCGGCUGUGGCGGCUGAAGGACUUGAAUCUAGGACCUCCCCUAAGAGAACCCCAAGGCCGAGGAGCAGGGCGUCUGUUCGGGCAUCGACUGCUGGGACUGGUUACUGCCUGAAAACAGAAGACGAGGUGUCGGUGUCUGUGGGCGGGACGGUGGAGCUGACAGGGGCGGAGCUUGGUGUACUGGGGGUGGGGCCUGAUGUUCUGGGGGCGGAGCUUCCUGACGUGCGUUGGACCUGGAUGAAUGAGACUGAUUUUAAGAAGAAGGACAAGACUGGUUUUGUGGUGACACGGAAGCGUAAAGGGGAGUGCAAGAUGCACUGUGAUCUGCUGGAGGACGGAACUCUGCGACUCAAAGACGUUCGUAUCAGUGACAGCGGAGUGUACGAACAGGAAGUGUUCUACGCCGGCAAGUGCCUCAGCAAGAAGAGCAUCAGACUGACCGUAUAUGGGCACAAGCCCCGAGGGAGGAUAUACACAGGAGGGGAGGGGUCACAGCAGGUUUGGUCUCGAGGCUGGACUCCACUCGGUGUGAGUCUGAUCCUGAUCCUCCUCCUCAUCGUCAUCUUCAUCAGGAGGAAGAGGGCUUCAUCAGCGACUAAUCAGAGCAGAGAUAAAGAUCCUCAAUGUUUGGAGGAAAAUCUGUAUGUCCCAAUGUUCAGAGCCAAAGACCCGGAGAGCCAGAACCAGGACCAGACCCAGAAUAGCCCCAGAACCAAGUCCGAGAGUCAAUCUCCAUCUGACCCUGGUCCUCGAUGUUUGGAGGAAAACCUGUAUGCCUCGGUAUUCAGAGGCAAAAAUCUGGACAGGCAGACCCAGGACCAUACUCGGACCCUGAAUAGCCCCGAAACCAAGUCCGAGAGCCAAUCUCCAUCUGACCCUGGUGACAUAGAGGAGGACAUUUAUGUUUGAUCCUCCACAGCUCCAAGACCAGGUGGAUUGUGGGACAUUGUUAGUUUUCAGAUUCAGGAGCAGGAGACAAAGUUCAUUACUGAUUAUCAUUCUUUACCAUGAAACAUCCAAAAGGCAAAUGUUGAACCAGAUCAUUAGUGACUAGACCGAAGUGACCAGACCAAACUCACUUUACAAAGUCUGAAUAAAACGGUGGCCUAAGUGACAUGACCCACGGCGUUCAGCUUGCAGUAUUACAA